ACGCACUAGUGCAACAACUAGAAAAAGAAAGGGCAAGUCAAAGUGCAUAAUGGCUGAGCAAGAACAACACAGGCAAGCAAUUCGUGACCACUUUCGGCCUGAAUUUAACAAGAAUUUUGGCGGGAUUGCGCAUAUACCCGUCAAUGCGAAUAAUUUCGAGUUGAAGCCUUCUUAUAUCUCGAUGGUGCAAAACAACCAAUUUGGCGGACACCCGACCGAGGAUCCGAAUCAACACUUGACCCAAUUUCUUCAAAUUUGCGAUUUGGUCAAGUACAAUGGUGUCUCCGAGGAUGCUAUACGGCUGCGUCUAUUUCCCUUCUCUCUAAGGGAUAAAGCUCGGAGUUGGUUGUCGAUGAUUUCUGAUGGGAGCAUUAAGACUUGGGAGGAGUUGAACCAGAAGUUCUUGCUUAAAUAUUUUCCUCCAAGCAAGUCGAUGCAACUAAAAAGCGAGAUUACUCAAUUCAAGCAGCAAGACUCGGAGCCGUUAUACGAGGCAUGGGAUCGAUUUAGAGAGUUGUUGCGAAGGUGCCCUCGACAUGGUUUUCCAGAUGAUCAACAACUUUGUUUCUUCUAUAACGGGUUGUUGGGGCAAACGAGAGCCUUCGUAGAUGCGGCUGCUGGAGGAGCUUUAUUGGCUAAGACACCGGAGGAAGCCUCUAAUUUAUUGGAAGAGAUGGCGGUGAAUAGUUAUCAGUGGCCUUCCGAGAGGUCGAGCAUUAGACGAGUGGCGGAGGUGACGUCUUCUGAUCCAAUUAAGGAGUUAGCGGCUCAAAUGUCGUCAUUGACGACGAAAUUGAAUGCCUUGACAAAUGGAGUUGAUGAGAUGAGUGGAGGACAGGGCAAUGUGAUGCCACCGGAUCCCUUAGCAGAGGCUAAAUAUAUCAACAAUCGGAAUUUCAGCAAUUAUCGCUCCAAUCCGGUGCCGGGUUUCUAUCACCCGAAUAAUAGGAAUCAUGAAAAUUUUUCCUAUGGAAACACGAAGAAUGAAAUCAAUCGACCAGGGGGGUCAAGGUCGAAGGAAGAGAAGCAAAAAGUGGAGAAGGGUAAGGAGAAGGUGGACAUCCAGCCUGGAGGAGAGGUUGAGGAAAUUCAAAUGAUCGAGGGAUGCGAGGGUAGAAAGUUCAGAAUCGGGAAGGAUCUGGAGGAGCCCAUUCGGUCGAGGUUGAUCGAUUUGGUAAGGGAGUUCGCUGAUAUUUUUGCCUAUACAGCAGAAGAGUUAACGGGAAUAAGUUCCGAGGUGAUCGAACAUCGACUAAAUAUCGACCUCAGCGUGAGGCCGGUGAAGCAGAAAAGGAGGCACCAUGAGGCGGAGAUGGACAAGAUUAUCGAGCAGGAGGUCGAGAAAUUGUUGGGAGCGGGGCAUAUUAAGGAGAUUCAGUUCCCUGAGUGGCUGUCGAACACGGUGAUGGUGUCGAAGUCGGAAGGAAAAUGGAGAAUGUGCAUUGAUUUUUGUGACCUGAAUAAGGCGUGCCCGAAGGACCUAUAUCCGCUGCCCAGAAUCGACCAGCUG